AUGACGUUUACUAAAUUAUUGUCUUUUAACUUUGAUUACGCACCUGAUUACACUUUAAACAAGUAUGUCUCUUCACGAACAAGAUUGCAGCUGAUAUAUCUUCAAUCAAAGACUUUCACCUCAAUAAAUGGAUAUUUUGUUGUAUAUGAUGGGAUAAUGAAUGAUUCUAAUUGUUCUAGUGCCUUACAACAUUUAAUUUUUUAUGGAUCUAAAAAAUAUCCCUAUAAAGGUUUUCUAAAAACAGCUGGGAAUAGGUGUAUGUGUGAUAUUAAUACAUGGGACUCUGCUGAUCACGUCAUUUAUUCUUUAAGCAGUACUGGUUGGGAAGGAUUUAAAAAAAUAUUACCGGUUUAUGUAGAUCAUCUAUUCAAUCCAACUUUAACCGACGAAGCUUUUUACACAGCGAUCCACCACAUAGAUCCCGACAGCUUGGAGGACAAAGGUUCAUUUUAUGAACUUUUACAACACUUGGAAUCUCAGGGUUGGUUUUGUAUGAAUUCGGCAAAACGUGAUCUAAUUUUUGAUGAUAAUAGUAAGUAUGAAUUAAAAACAAACAGUUUAACUAAGAAUUUACGUAAUUUAACAAAUGAUACUGUUAGGAAAUUUCACAAAGAGAUGUAUUCUUCCGAUAAUAUAUGUUUACUUAUUACUGGUAAUGUUCCAGAACAAGAACUACUAGAUAUUGUUACAAACUUUGACAAUAAAUUGCCUGAAAUUAAAAUCAAAAAAAGACAGCCCUUUGUUGACACUGCGGCUGCUGCAACCUUAAUCCCAAGAUUCAAUGGCACUACCGCUAAGGAAGCUACUGUAGAACUUCCAGAAUUAGAUGAAUCUCUAGGUGUGAUCUCCUUUUCCUGGAUCACUGAAAAAUAUGAAAAUGCCAUGCAAAUUUUGGCUAUUGAUAUUUUGAUGGAAUAUUUAACUGAAGGAUCAUUAUCUGUUUUCUACAGAGAACUUAUUGAAAUUGAAGGUCCAUUAUCUAAUGAGGUUGAGUAUUGGACUGAUGACUUUUAUCGCACCAUCGUCAAUUUAGAUUUCCGUGGGGUUCCAACUGAAAAGUUACAAUUAGCUAAAACUCGUAUUCUACAAAUUUUGUCUGAGCAUAAAGUUAAUCUCAAGCAGAUAAAGAAUGUUUUAGAAAAACAGAAAUGUGAUUAUUUAUUGAAAUUUGAAAAAUAUACAGAUCACACUUUGUUAGAAUAUUGUGUUCCAGAUUUUCUUUACGUUUCUGACAUUACUGGCGAAACAUUAAAACAAUGCAUUGGAAGUUUAAACACCUUUUCCACGUUAUCAAAAUGGGAUCAACAACAAUGGCAGAAAUUACUUGAACAUUGGUUUGUGGAAAACAAACCAAUCAUUUUGUUAGGUAAACCAAGUGAAAAAAAUACUAAUAAUGAGGACAAGGAAAAAUUAUUAGAAAAAAGAAAAGAAUCAAUAGGUCCCUCGGAAAUUGUCAAUCUAAAAAAAAAACUAGAACAAGCCAAUAAAGCCAAUGAUAAGCCAAUUCCAGCGGAUUUAUUAAAAACUUUUUAUGUUGAUGAACCGUAUGAAACUGUAAGAUUUGUAUCUACCAGGGGUAUAUCGGUAUUGGAUUCAAAUACAAAUAAUGAUCUAAGUGAUAAGUUAACCAACGACAUUUUAAAAGCAAAACCAAAAAAUUUCCCAUUUUUUAUGCAUUUGGAACAGUUUCCAUCUCAAUUCAUUGAAGUCAAUUUGUUGUUAAACAUUCGAAAUAUUCAAAAUAGAGAAUUAUUCCCUUACACUUAUAUGUUUUCUGAACUCUUCAAUAUGCCAAUGAAAUUGGAGGAUGGUAAAGUUUUAUCCUCUGAUCACGUUCUUUCUAUGUUAAAAAAUGAGACUAUUGAUUUCUCUGUUAUUCCCAGUUUAGAAGUUUCUAUUUCAAGUGGUAUACAAGUUUUCGCUGAUUUUUUAAAUGUUAAUGUUGUUGCUAAAGUUAGUGAAUAUGACAGUGCUAUUAAAUGGAUUAAACAUGCCUUAUUCGAUAUGGUAUUUGAUGAAUCACGUUUAAAAAUUUUACUGGACAAUUUAUUGUCAAAGGUAGAAACAUGUAAAUUACACGGGUUUGAAACUUUAGAGUUUAUUAUCAAUAAAUAUUUAUUUGAGGAAAAAAAAACAUUGAUGAAAGACAGCAAUAUGUUAUACUCAAGCAGUUUUCUGAAAGAUGUGUUAAAAAAUAUUGAAAAUGGGUGUUUUGAAACUAAGAUAUUGCCUUGUUUAAAUCAAUUCAGACACGAUUUGACAGAAAAUAUGACCAAUUCACAUAUCUUAAUACUUGGUGAUAUAGAAAAAAUUGGGUCUUCUGGGAUUUUUGAGCCAUGGACAAAAUAUUUUGCACCUGUUAUCGCUAAUAGUAAACAACUCAAGGAAAUUCCACCAGUACCCACUUUAAAAGAGGCGUUAUCAGCAUUUGGCUCUAACUUAGGCUACAAAUCGUUUAUUAUCACCACACAGGAACCUGACUUAUCAUAUAUGAAGGUCCUAACCAAUUUUGAUCUCGAUUAUGAACAUCCAGAUUAUGCAGCCGUUACUUUGGCAGCUAACUAUCUCCUUUGCGGGGGAGGCCCACUGGAGAAAGAUAUUUCUGAUCCAGGAUUAGCUCAAUGUGUCUAUAUUUUCCGUAAUAUGGACGAGGGAAACAUUGGAUAUUCAAUAUAUGGGAGUAAUGAUGUAAUUAAAUGUUAUGAAGUUGGUCGUAAGAUCAUAAAAGAUUAUUCAACUGGUGCCAGUACUUUUGAUCCGCUUUUAGUUAAAGGGGCUGUAAGUCUAUCUGUGGAUGAGUUAGCAUCUGAUGAUUCGUAUAUUUCUGCUGCGUUACGCAACUAUCUUAAUACCGUUUGGUAUAAAAACAGUCCAGAUUGCAAUCAAAAGAUCUUGACCAAUUUGAAAAAUGUCACGAUUAAUGAUUUGGUACGUGUUACAAACAAAUAUCUGUUGCCAAUGUUUAUGGUAGAAAGGGGUUCUGUUUUUGUUAGUUGCCCUGUGAGCAAGCUUGAAGAUAUUCAAAAGUAUUUGGAGAUACAAGGCUACGAAGUACUCGUUGAAGAGCUAGGAGAAGAUGCAGAAAAAUAA